UGUUUUAUAAAAUAAAAUAAUAUUAUAUUGUGUGUCUACUCUCACUCAGUCUGCUCUUUUAUGGUUCCGUUGAUGAAAAGAAAUAAGUUGGCGGUGGAGUUGGAAGUGUGCCUAUUUAAUUUCAAUUCCACUUUGCUUUGCAGGAGGAGGAUGGAUGGAUGGUGGCACGGUGAAUGAAGCAAUCCAUUAGUGCAGUGCUGUGCUUAGCUUGCUCUCUCGCUCAUAUGCAUUGCAAUUUGCAGAUCCACCAAAACUUCCUCUCUCGAGUCUGCUCCCUCCCUCGGCUCCACGCCUUUUUUUGAGCGGAGCCUACCAAAUCCAAAGUAGCAAAUGGGUUCCUGUCCCUAUCCCUAUCAACUCAUCACCCAACAUCUUCGCCCCCGCGAUGAUCAUUACAACAACAACAACCGCACUACCCCAACCUCCGAUCUGCCCAACUACUUCUCCCUGCGGAUUGAACCACCCACCCACACUCAUCAUGCUCCCCCCAACUCUCCCCUAUCCACAGCCCCCCGCCUUCUCUCCCUUGACGUUUUUCGCGGGAUUACAGUUGCGUUAAUGAUACUUGUGGAAGAUGCGGGUGGAAUUUUCCCUUCUAUCAAUCAUUCACCUUGGAAUGGUUUAACCCUGGCAGACAUAGUUAUGCCACUUUUUCUUUUUAUUGUAGGAGUAUCACUUGGACUUGCAUACAAGAACCUAUCUAACAGAACGGCUGCAACUGGAAAGGCAAUAUUUCGGGCACUUAAGCUGUUGAUUAUUGGAGUCUUUCUCCAAGGAGGCUACUUUCAUGGACUCAACAAUCUAACUUACGGAGUGGACAUUACACAAAUCAGAUGGACAGGUGUCUUGCAGAGAAUUGCUAUAGCAUAUUUUGUGACCGCUAUUUCUGAAAUUUGGCUCAAGAAUGACUGCAAGGUUGAUUCAGGAUUAUCUUUGUUAAAGAGAUACCAGUACCAGUGGGCCAUGGCUUUUGUGCUUAUUGCCAUAUACCUCUCUUUGUUGUACGGUCUUUAUGUUCCAGAUUGGGAGUACCAGAUUCCAGCGGAGAUGGUGUCUUCUGAUACAAAGAUACUCUCACAUUCUUUGCCUUUCAAGGUGAAAUGUGGUGUGCGAGGUGAUACAGGACCUGCAUGCAAUGCUGCUGGAAUGGUUGAUCGUACAGUUUUGGGUAUUCAACACUUAUAUAGAAGGCCAAUAUAUGCACGAACAAAAGAGUGUAGUGUCAAUUCUCCAGAUUAUGGUCCACUUCCUAUAGAUGCUCCUUCGUGGUGUCAAGCCCCCUUUGACCCCGAAGGACUUUUGAGCUCAUUGAUGGCGAUUGUAACUUGCUUUGUUGGUGUACAUUUUGGACAUGUUAUAAUCCAUUUCAAGGAUCAUAAAACUAGAAUAUUGCAAUGGAUAAUACCAUCAUGUUGUCUCCUGCUGUUAGGGGUAACAUGCAACUUCUUUGGGAUGCAUAUAAACAAGGUAUUAUACAGCUUCAGUUACACAUGUGUCACUGCUGGUACUGCUGGAGUUGUCUUCGCUGGAGUGUAUAUAAUGGUUGAUGUGUAUGGAUGUAGACACUUUACAAGUUUGCUGGAGUGGAUGGGAAUGAAUGCAUUACUGAUUUAUGUUCUGGUGUCCUGCAACAUAAUACCAAUUAUUGUGCAGGGAUUGUAUUGGAGGCUUCCAGAAAAUAACAUUGUUUCAAUGAUCGGUAUUGGGCAUAAGUAGUAGAUUCCCCUGGAACUACACUCAUUUUGGUGCUGCAUAUAUUUAAUUAGAUAUAGAGGCAUAUAUGCAUAUAUAUAGACACGGUAGCUAGGUCUGUGUCUUCCGUCAUCUUGUAAGAUUACAACCCUAGCUAGCUAGCUAGUAUUAUAUAUAUUUCUUUAAUUUAAUGCCUCUAGUCUAGUCUAGUCUAGUCUAGUCUAGUAUAUACACUGAAGGAGAUUUGUUGAGCUACCAAUCGGAUUUAAUCAAAUUUCAAAUACAUUUCUCAUGAAAGAGAUCCA